AUGGCUCAUCAUCUAGUCAACAAUUUCAGGAUAAGGCAGGAGGCGCAUCGCGUGGGCCGCGACAGCAACUCGAUCAUGAACCCCUGGCGAAACAAGAAUCAGAGAAGCUCGACUUGGGACGUGCCCGAGUCACAACGCUACUCUCAGCCGCCGAUGGGGCAGGAAGGACUCGACGAUACAUCGCCCAUCAAACACUCAGUAACGGCGCCAUCACGGGUAUUGAAUGGCUACGACAGUGCAAAUGGAGAGCCGUCUUACCCCCAAAAGAAUAUCGAGAUGCACGAUAUGGAGCCCACCAGCCAGAUGACGGGGCUUACGGGGAAGACGAAUGUGGAAUCGACAGAAGUACCUACGGGUUCCGCACAUCAGCGCAACGGUAGCCUUGGCCUUGUGCGCAGGAGGACAACGAACGCAAACGAUUCGCGGACCGAACUGAACGGCGCAGGACCAAAGGUGGCCGAGAAGGAAAAGGAGAAGAAGGAGAGGACCUUUUUCAAGCACCUCGAGCCCAAGGAGCCGUUCACCGUGGGAAAUCAAAUUCGGCGCACACUUUUGGGCUCGUGGCUCAACAUCCUGCUCGUCGCGGCGCCGGUCGGUAUUGCGAUCAACUACGUCGAGGCGGUACCCCGCGUUGCGGUGUUCGUUGUCAACUUCAUUGCCAUCAUCCCUCUUGCGGCAAUGCUGGGUUUUGCGACGGAGGAAAUUGCUUUGAGGACGGGCGAGGUUAUGGGUGGACUUUUGAAUGCCAGUUUUGGCAAUGCGGUUGAGUUGAUUGUAGCUGUUAUUGCUCUGACGCACAACGAGAUUGUCGUCGUACAGACUUCGCUCAUCGGCAGUAUCUUGUCCAACCUUCUUCUGGUUAUGGGAAUGUGCUUCUUCUGCGGUGGUCUUAACAGACGGGAACAGUUCUUCAACACGACCGUCGCCCAGACAGCGGCGAGCUUACUUGCGCUUGCCGUCGCCAGUGUUAUUGUGCCUACGGUGUUUGACAUGGCUGCCGGUACAAACAACAAGAAGGUGGCGCAACUUUCACGCGGCGUCUCCAUUAUUCUGCUUUUCGUUUACGGUGGUUAUCUUCUAUUCCAACUGAAGACUCACUCCGCCAUCUUCGCCGAAGAGAGUCAGAAGGUUGCGGGCAAGCCAUUCAACUUCCGAGGCGGCAAGGAUCUCAAGGAGGGCGCCAUUGCCCAGGGCUUGGUAGGCCCUGCUGGUAUGGUAGGAGGCCACGCGGUUCCUUCCCACGGCAACAACGAGAGCAUCCGCAACCACUUGGACACCGCGCCUCAUCUGGAGGACGAGGAGGAGGAGGGCGAGGAGCCGCAGCUGCACUUCAUUGUCGCUGUUGCCACCCUAGUCAUCUCCACUGUGAUCAUUGCGUUUUGCGCCGAGUAUAUGGUCGACGGCAUCAGUGCCAUUACCGACGGAGAUAAAGUCAGCAAAGAGUUCGUUGGCCUUAUUCUGUUGCCCAUCGUCGGAAAUGCCGCCGAGCACGCCACUGCUGUCACGGUCGCGAUCAAAGACAAGAUGGAUCUGGCCAUUGGGGUGGCCGUCGGUUCGAGCAUGCAGGUCGCCCUUUUCGUCAUCCCUCUGCUCGUUAUUAUCGGCUGGGGAAUGGGCAUCGAGGAGAUGUCGCUCAGCUUCGACACGUUCCAGGUGGCGGUGCUGUUUGUCUCAGUGCUGUUGGUCAACUACCUCAUUGCAGAUGGAAAAAGCCACUGGCUCGAGGGGAUGCUGCUUAUUUGUCUGUAUCUCAUCGUGGCUGUCUGCGCUUGGUUUUACCCGAAUUCUUGCGAGGGACCUGAUUGUCCCAAGGCGUAG